AUGUACAUGGAGAAUCAAAGAAGCUUUGAAUAUCAAGCAUUGGUAGUCAGCUCUUGCAGUUCUGAGCAUCAGGAAAGCGAGACGGAUCUCGUUCUUAUUCUCAAAUCACUAAAGGAUCAGAAAGAGGUCAAGAGCCGAAUCUAUGGAGUAGCAAAGGAAGCAUUCCUACCACCUACUUCGAUCGAACAAACAUUUGAUAAUAUUGAGGAUGCGAAAAAUUUGGAGAGACGAUGUGCGAUUCCGCUCAAGUUCGGAGAUAUCAUCCAAUUCAACAGGGAAGAUGUGAAUCACGAUCUCAAAACAGUGUACCGAUUUUUUCGCGAAAAAGCUAUUUACGAGGUUUCGUCCAAUGAAAAUGGACCACUCUUAAAAAUCGGUGGAGUCAUCGAACCAAAUAAGCCGACAACUUUCUGGACACCAUUGGAGACUAUGGCUAUUCCAACACAAGAAGCGACGCGUGCAGAACCAGAUGUUUAUUUGUAUGCGUGGAUUCGCGUCGAAACACAAAUGACAUCUAGUCGAGAUCCAUACAAUCUUGAACUUUCUUUUGAUUCAUUUGAAAGCUGUGAUGCAACCGAGCAAGGACGCGUCUGUGAAGCUCCUUGGCAUCGCUAUUCUCUCGAAUCGAAAUUCACCAUGUGGCGCGCUGAACCGACUCCGUGUGAUAGCGACGACGAAAUUGACCUUGAGCCGAGAAAAGAUGUUUAUGUGGUAGAAAACAAAUGGGCAGAGAGAAUUCAAAGGCAGCUUGGUCUCUUCGUCGGCGAACGGCUUAUUCUGUGCAAGGAUCUUCCACAAUACGACUUCAUCAUUCCAUUGCUAAGACCAAUUUCAUGUGUCAAUGACACUAAGACAUUCCUCUACCCAUCCGUUGGAGAAUAUUUUCAUUUUAGUGCAGUUUGGUCGGUUCAUCAUAAUGCUUUUCUGGUGACCGAGUUACUGCCGUACCAAGUGCUCAGAGCGCACACGACCACUACGAGCGGAAAUCUGCUCGUUCGUGUGAAUACAUCCGACAAAAUGAGUGGAUUUUUCAAUGAUAGUGGCAAUAGUCUUGGAUUAAUUGACGAUCCAUAUCACUCUCUUUGUUUCUUAGAGUUCCAUCCAGUCCUUCAUGAACAAUUAAAAGUUAUGGCAGAAGUACGUGCAGUUCGCGCUGUUGAGAAUCGUUCGGUUCGUUACCGCAUUGUGCGUACAGUUUUGGAAGACGAGACAUCGAAGCGCUUGAAUCAAUGGCUUCAAACUUCUGAGUUCUGUGUAGGACCCAUCAACGGAAUGGUCAUCAACCGGGACACCGUCAUUUCUGCUAAAUACCCAAACAUCUUUUUCCGUUUAGACACCAAAGAAAACCUCCCUCCAGGUACGGGACUUCGUUUCCGUGGAAAACGAGCUCCUGGUGUCAACAGUGAAGUCAGGAUCAUCGAGUACCAUCUCACUGCAGAAUAUUCUGCUCGAAAAGUUAUUGGAACGGAAGACAAUCGUAUUUUCCAAGUCUAUUUGAAGUCAAUUCAAACUCAAGAACAAUUGGCACAUAGUGAAAUCGUCGGACCAGUAGACAUGCGGCUUUUAAAACCACCGAAAGACGUUGCUGAUGAUGAAAAGUUCCUGGGAUGGAUUCGCGAAUCACUUCAUGUUGGAGACGCUCGUCGUUCAUGCACGAUCAUGGAAAUUUUCUCAUUGGCAUUAUGCCCACCAAUGCUUCCAGUGAACACCUCUUCGAGCAGAACUAGCAGCCGCCUUUCCAGAACCACGCCACGUGGAAGUUCAACCGGUGGUUCAACUGGUUCACGCAGUUCUAUAUAUUCUAUCGCAAACAAUAGAUUCGUCGGUCCAGGAACCCGAAAACUCUCUCAACUCAACUCCACAUCAAAGGACUCUGUUGCGUGA